AUGACCUCUGAAAGACCUCUGAAAGGCCCCAUCGUGGUGAGCAAGGCUACAAUUCCGCGUCCAACAAAAACGGAAGGCGAGUUCCUACGAUCCAGGCUCUGGGAUCUUUUCAAAUCAAAGAGUGAGGGCACCGAAAAGCUUGACCCGCCAGCUCCAUGUUCUACAUACCAUGGUGAAUGGAUAGGAGUCAGGAAAGACAUUCAAGAUCCCAGAGCACCACAGCAGCCAAACCUCACCGAGCAGGACAAAUUCAACAUGAUCCAAAAUCACCGACAGAAUGAUUUGACUCUUUUCUAUAUUUCUGGAGGCGCAUGGUUCCGUGCAGGCCCUCCUGGUGCUCGGCCCCUGAUACAGCGACUAUGUGAGGAAACUGGUGCCAGAGUGUUUACCUUUCAAUACCGCCUUGUCCCACAAAACACCGUUCCAACUGUCUUGUUGGACGCCUUGGUUGCUUAUUUUUACCUUGUGUCCCCGCCUCCUGGAGCUUUCCACAAACCCAUAGACCCGAAGAAAUUGAUUCUUGUUGGUGAAUCGGGCGGUGGUAUCCUCCAUCUUGAUAUUCUUCAGUUCAUUCAAGCCUUUUCCGACGCCUCUGGAUUGAAUUCCGAGAAGAUCCGUUUCUUUGGUCGAGAUAUCUCUUUCCAGAUGCCUGCUGGAUGCGCAAUCAUCUGUCCCGGGGCCGAUCCGGCGCUCUCAAUGCCGUCGGUUAAGAAAUUCGAGAAAACCGAUUGGCUGUCUGAAGGUGCGCCAUGGGUUCAGCCCAAUUUCCCAGCAGACUCUAUCUGGCCAUCAAACCCGCCCCGAGGUGAUUUGCAUUGCGACAACUCGGCCAUAUGUCAUCCAUUUAUCGACCCGUCGACAUGGACUGAUUGGAAGGGAAUGCCACCGAUGUGGAUUGCUUGCGGCGAAGAAACUUACUCUGAUGGAAUCAAGUUCCUGGUGAAAAAUAUCAAGGAUUCCGGCGUGCCUGUGACAUUUAUUGAGUAUGAGUUCAUGCCACAUGUCUGGAAUGUAGUCAUCCCUGCACUGCCACAGAGCAAGCAUGUGAUGAAGCUUUGGGCAGAAGCGUGUAAACGGCUUGGUACUCUGGACGCCAGUGGACAAAAGGCAGAGGCUUGGUAUGUCAAACUUGGCAGUCUUGACAUGGCCAAGAAACGGUUUGAGGACCUGGUUAGUUUUUCCAACGAGGAAGUAUUACGGAAGAUGAGAGCUGCGAGAGAUGAAAAUUCAAUGUUCAUCUGGAAAGGGCCUGGGGCAUCUGAAAAUUCAAAACUAUGA